UCCCACAGAUUCCACAGCAUAGCGCUCUAUGCACAGUACUGCCCCUCACCCUGAUGCAUGGAAACAUGCGAUUAUUACAUAGACAAGCCUAUGCAUAUUGGAUGAAGCCACAUUGUCACAGCUAGGUCAUUCUAUUCAUGCGUCUAUUUUUGGGGGAUGUAAUUUUUGUGUCCUAAAUUGUUUGUUUUUUUGUUCUGGGGGUUCGGGGCAUCUUUGAAACACUGGGUGGUGUUAGCCCAUACACGCAUGCGCAGUGGUUUCGUUGCCGCAGAGUGUUCUUCGAGGAAAGCCGACGCUGCCAAGGAAACACAUGCAGGCAUAGGGAAUCCAGAUUUCAGCAUCGUCCUCCAUUCCCUUCACGUCGACAAUGCAUCGAUAAUGAUGGUAGCGCGCAGCAAUGCCUUCGAUCUAUUCCAUGCGUGAUGUCUUAAUAGCUGCCAAAUAAUACAGCCAAAGAGUGGAGCUAAAACAAGGUUAAGAAAAACAGUCAGUGGUGAGUGUGUGACUGUGUGUCGGGCGCAGCCGCCAUGCCGCUGGUUAAAAGAUGCAUCGAGCCCAGGCAUCUGUGUCGUGGAGCCGUGCCGGACGGGGUCACCAGCGAGCUGGAGUGUGUCACUAACAGCACCCUGGCAGCCAUCAUCAAACAGCUGGGGGGCCUGAGCCGACAUGCAGAGGACAUUUUUGGAGAGCUGUUCAAUGAGGCCAACAGCUUCUACAUGAGAAUGAACAGCCUCCAAGAGAGAGUGGACCUGCUGGCGGUCAAAGUCACCCAGCUGGACUCCACUGUGGAGGAGGUUUCGCUGCAGGACAUCAACAUGAGGAAGGCCUUCAAGAGCUCCACCAUCCAAGACCAGCAGGUGGUGUCCAGGAACUCCAUCCUCAACCCUGUCAUGGAGAUGUACCAUCGCUGUGACAAACCUCCACCCCUCAACAUCCUUAGCCCCUACAGGGAUGACAACAAGGAUGGUCUGAAGUUCUACACAGACCCGUCCUACUUCUUUAAUCUGUGGAAGGAGAAGAUGAUCCAAGCAACAGAAAACAAGCGGAAGGAGAAGAGGCGGCAGAAGGCUGGUGACAAGGAGCAGAAACAGGUGGAGGACCCCAGCCGGGAGGUGAAGAAGGUGAGGAAAGCCCGUAACCGUCGUCAGGAGUGGAACAUGAUGGCAUACGACAAGGAGUUCCGCCCAGAAAACCGCCUCACGCCUUCACCCUACCAUGGCAUGUCCUCUGAGGGAUCUCUCUCUCCAGACAGGUCUGGUAUGUCUGAUGAGCUGUCCUACCCUGCCAGCCCUAACCACCCACCCCAAGAGGGAGCUGUCUUGGGUCCUGAUGGGAAGGAGCACCUCACAGGCCCCAACCAGACCCAGUCUCUGGACCGGGCCUACCGACCCCCUACUGCCGGCACCGCUGCAGCCCAAGCCCGCCAGCACUCCCUGGGCCGCGUGCAGCCCAACCAAGGACCCACACCCACAGAUCCCUCCCUAAACGGACCCCGGCCUGCAGCUGCCAAAGAGGCUAGCGGUCACCAGAUGCCAGAGCACUUUAUCCCUCCGGCCCCACCCCCACCUCCUCCCCUCAUCCCCUCAGCCCAGACGGCCUUCGACAGCACAGCAGGGCCUCCCACCCUGGCCCCUGCAGGUCUCCCCACCCUGGCCCCUGGCACCAUGGCCGCCCUGUCCCGCCCAUACAGCCCCUCACCCCCUCCACCCCCACCCGGCAGCUACUUCCCCUCUCCAUCCCACCCUGUCACUGGGGGACCCCCUGUUGCCCCUCCUCCACCCCCACCUGGUGGCCCCCCAACAUUCGCUCCCUCCCCAGCCCAUGCCAUGCACCCCUCUGGGAGCACACUGCCAAGAAAGGGCAAGGUGCUAGGCAUCCCGAUAAGCGACGCACGCAGCGACCUGCUGUCAGCCAUCCGCAGAGGCAUCCAGCUGAGGAAGGUGCAGGAGCAGCGUGAGCAGGAAGCAAAGAAGGAGCCAGUAGGGAAUGACGUGGCCACCAUCCUGUCCCGACGCAUCGCGGUGGAGUACAGCGAAUCAGAUGAGGACUCGGAGCCUGAGGAGAACGAGUGGUCAGACUGAGGCGGAGAGGAGAGGGUGGGGAAGAGCAGAGGGCUAGGACUUACUGUACUCACCGACAUACUGCUGCUAUUCCAAUACCAGGACACACACACACAGCAUACUACAUCUCGAUUGACCUCUUGUUAGGGAAAGUAGAUGAGACACUUACACAGUAUGACAGUAUCCAUUAACUAGUCAGAUACUGUAUGGGGAAAGGAGGGGAAGGAGAGGAGGGGAAAGGAGGAAGCCACAGUGGGUCUGGGGGGAUCUGUUGGAACCAUGCACAGCAAGCUUAUACGUACAUACAGUGCAUUUGGAAAGUACUCAGACCCCUUGAGUUUUUCCACAUUUUGUUACGUUACAGCCUUAUUCUAAAAUUGAUUAAAUUGUUUUCCCCCUCAUCAAUCUACACACAAUACCCAUAAUGACAAAGCAAAACUGUUUUUUAGAAUUGUUCACAAAAAUUAAUAAUACAUUUAAAAAUUAAAAACCAUUUACAUAAGUAUUCAGACCCUUUACUCAGUACUUUGUUGAAGCACCAUUGGCAGCGAUUACAACCUCGAGUCUUCUUGGGUAUGACGCUACAAGCAUAGCACACCUGUAUUCGGGUAAUUUCUCCCAUUCUUCUCCCAUUCUUCUCUGCAGAUCCUCUUAAGGUCUGCCAGGUUGGAUGGAGAGCGUCGCUGCCCAGCUACUUUCAGGUCUCUCCAGAGAUGUUUGAUCGGGUUUAAGUCCAGGCUCUGGCUGGGCCACUCAAGGACAUUCAGAGACUUGUCCCGAAGCCACUCCUGCGUUGUCUUGGCUGUGUGCUUAGGGUUGUUGUCCUGUUCAUCAAGAAUCUCUCUGUACUUUUCUUCAUUCAUCUUUCUCUCGAUCCUGACUAGUCUCCCAGUCCCUGCCACUAAAAAACGUCCCCACAGCAUGAUGCUGCCACCACCCUGCUUCAACUUGGCAUCCAAGUUCAAUCUUAGUUUCAUAAGACCAGAGAUUCUUGUUUCUCAUGGUCUGAGAGUCCUUUAGGGGCCUUUUGGCAAACUACAAGUGGGCUGUCAUGUGCCUUUUACUGAGGAGUGGCUUCCGUCUGGCCCCUCUACCAUAAAGGCCUGAUUGGUGGAGUGCUGCAGAGAUGGUUGUCCUUCUGGAAGGGUCGCCCAUCUCCACAGAAGAACUCUGGGGCUCUGUCAGAGUGACUAUCGGCUUCUUGGUCACCUCCCUGACCAAGGCCCUUCUCCCCCGAUUGCUCAGUUUGCCCGGGAGGCCAGCUCUAGGAAGGGUCUUGGUGGUUCCAAACUUCUUCCAUAUACGAAUGAUGGAGGCCACUGUGUUCUAUGGGACCUUCAAUGCUGCAGAAAUGUUUUGGUACACUUUCCUAGCUCUGUGCCUCGACACAAUCCUGUCUCUGAGCUCUAUGGACAAUUCCUUCAACCUCAUGGCUUGGUUUUUGCUCUGGCAUGCUCUGUCGACUGUGGGACCUUAUAUAGACAGCUGUCUGCCUUUCUAAAUAAUGUCCAAUCAACUGAAUUUACCACAGGUGGACUCCAAUCAAGUUGUAGAAACAUCUUAAUUAAGGGGCGGCAGGUAGCCUAAUGGUUAAAGCAUUGGAAUUGUAACCGAAAGGUUGUAAGAUCGAAUCCCCGAGCUGACAAGGUAAAAAUCUGUCAUUCUGCCCCUGGACAAGGCAAUUAACCCACUGUUCCUAAGCCGUCGUUGUAAAUAAGAAUUUGUUCUUAACUGACUUGCCUAGUUCAAUAAAGGUUAAAUAGAAAAUAAAUAAAAAGGAUGAUCAGUGGAAACAGGAUGCACCUGAGGUCAAUUUCAAGUCUCAUAGCAAAGGGUCUGAAUACUUAUGUUAAUAGAGUAUUUCUGUUUUUUAUUUGGAAAAAAUUUGCUAAAAAUCUGUUUUUGCUUUGUCAUUAUGGGGUAUUGUGAGUAAAUUGAUGAUGAUUUUUAUUUUAUUUGAUCUAUUUUAGAAUAAGGCUGUAACGUAUCAAAAUGUGGAAAAAGUCAAGGGGUCUGAAAACAUCCCGAAUGCACUGGGUAAAAGGCCAAUAUCGCCGAUAGUAAUAAUAAUUUUUGACAUUUCUAUAGCGCUUUUCAUAAUCCCCAAGCGCUUCAAAAGCAAAAAACAAACAAGCAAUACAUCAUCAUGAGUAGCCUAGCUAUAGUUAGCUUGGUCAACCAAUACAUCAUCAUGAGUAGCCUAGCUAUAGUUAGCUUGGUCAUCCAAUACAUCAUCAUGAGUAGCCUAGCUAUAGUUAGCUUGGUCAACCAAUACAUCAUCAUGAGUAGCCUAGCUAUAGUUAGCUAGGUCAACCAAUACAUCAUCAUGAGUAACCUAGCUAUAGUUAGCUUGGUCAACCAAUACGUCAUCAUGAGUAGCCUAGCUAUAGUUAGCUAGGUCAACCAAUACAUCAUCAUGAGUAGCCUAGCUAUAGUUAGCUUGGUCAACCAAUACAUCAUCAUGACUAGCCUAGCUAUAGUUAGCUUGGUCAACCAAUACAUCAUCAUGACUAGCCUAGCUAUAGUUAGCUUGGUCAACCAAUACGUCAUCAUGAGUAGCCUAGCUAUAGUUAGCUUGGGGUCUGAAUACUUUCUGAAGGCACUGUAUAUGAUUAUAAUAUAAUACACAAGGUCCAGUAUAAAGGUGUUUAUUUCAUGAGUCAUGAUAUUGUAGUUUGAAUAUUAUUUGUGGUUUCAGUUGCAUAUCUUCCACCUGUAAAUGAGUCAGACAAAAACCACAAUGUUGUUUUCAAGGUGAAGAGGCCAAGGCAUUCUUUUAACUAGUCUGAUCUGUAGCUUAAUGCACUUAAAUAUUUGUCUAUUGAAAAGUAUUUAGUGUUCUGUUCUUGUUCUACUGUGCAUAUGAAGAAGAUGCCACGUCAAGUGUAUAUCAGGUUGGUUGAUACUUUUGGACACAUGGGACUGUAGUCGUAACUGUGUCAUCAACACAACUUCUCGUGAUCUGAGGGACGUCCCUUUGUUUUACUUGUCUACAGUGUUGUGGUUAAGUAUUGAUACCCUAAUUGGCAGUGUGUAACAUAAUUUGUCGUUUUUGGUGAACAUAAUUUGCUGAAGAUUUGCUGGUUGACUAACGACUACCGUGUCUGUGUGUGUGCCUUGCUGUUCAUUUAUUUUCUGACUCUUUUUAAUGUUGAAGGCCUGACGAGAUAGUCCUGAAUUAUAUAUUUUUUAUUUUACCCAUAUUUUACCAGGUAAGUUGACUGAGAACACAUUAUCAUUUACAGCAACGACCUGGGGAAUAGUUACAGGGGAGAGGAGGGGGAUGAAUGAGCCAAUUGUAAACUGGGGAUUAUUAGGUGGCCAUGAUGGUAUGAGGGCCAGAUUGGGAAUUUAGUUUGGGAAAUAGAUAGUCCUGAAGAGGUAGUGGUUGAUUUUUGGUGUGCUUGUCGUCCAGUUUGACUAAUGUCCUGCUAGAGCAGACGAGAGAGGAGGGGCAUAGCAAUGUUUCAGACAUACUGGUCCUAUGUUCUAUCAAGUCAUAUGUUUAUAUUACUACUAAUGUGUUUUACAAUUCAUUGUUGUAUAGAUUUUUGUAGCACUGCUUGUAAAAUGAAUUUGGGUAUCUAGAUAUGAAAUGACUAUCACAUUGAUCAAACCUAGUAACAAUAGUGCACGUAUGAGUAGCUAAUAAAAUGAAAUAAGUGUUAUGAUACCUUA